GCUGGAGCUACAGGCGCGGAAAUUCUUGCCGAGGGCGAAAAACUUUGGUCGUGAAUCUGAAUGUGCGCAGGGAAGCCGAUAGAGGAGUGAAAAGACUCCCAAGUUCACACCAAAUACACUUUGGGUUCGGAGAAGGAUAAGGGUAGACUAGUGUGGAGUCCGAUUCGAUUGCCUAAAAAGACGGGCGGCUGCGAUGGAGGACGUCGUGCGGCUAGUGUCGUCCGGUGACGACGUGAAGAUCUGGAACUCGGCCUCCAUGACGGUGCUGGAGCAGUUCAACCCCCACAGCCUCACGCACCCCGUGGCCCGCGUGUGCUGGAGCAGCAACAAUCAAUACUUGGCUAGUGCCAGCAGCAGUGGAGACAAGCUUGUGGUGUCCAGCCUGAAGUCGUCUCCGGUUCCGGUGGUGGAGCUGGCAGAGGGGAAAAAGCAGACGCGCAUCAGCCUCAGCUCCACCUCUCAGUUCCUUGUCAGCGGCGGCCUGGACAACAGCGUCCACGUCUGGGAUCUGAAGACCAAGAAGCUGCACCGCAGCCUCCAGGACCACAAAGAGGAAGUGACCUGCGUGUCCUUCAACGGCAGUGACAGCUACAUUGCUUCAGGCUCCACCAGCGGUGACAUCAUCCUCCACAGCAUCACCACCAACCUGUCCAGCAAGCCAUUCGGACUCGGCCCCAACCAGCCCAUUCACGAUCUGAAGUAUUCGUACGUGAAGAGAUCUCUGCUGGGCAGUGUUUCGGACAGCGGGACAGUUGUGCUGUGGGAUGCCAACACGCAGAAGGAGCUGCAUGUUUUCGAGGGCUCCCAUAAAGCCCCGGCCUCGGGGCUGGCAUUCUCCCCUGCCAACGACCUGCUCUUCGUCACCGUGGGCCUGGACAAGAAGAUCAUCUGCUACGACACCUCCAGCAAGAUUGUUCUGCGCAGCAUGCGGGUGGAGUCUCCGCUGACGGCCAUUGACUUCAUGCCUGACGGGGCGGGGCUGGCUGUCGGCUCCACCCAGGGGAGGGUGUACCUGUACGAUCUGCGAAAUCUCAAUGCCCCUGUGAAGACCGCAAUUGCACACAAGACCUCGGUCACCUGCUUGCGCUUCCAGCACUGCCACCACUCCAAGUCCAGUAAAAUGCUGUCUGGCAAGUCCUCCGCCACCCAGCCCAGUAAGAAGCCAUCAGUGAAGCCGACCAAUCAGCAGGGAGGUCCUCAGACCCCCUCGGUCCUGCCUGUCCCAGCGGCUAUGUCUGUCCCCAAGGCUGUCAGCGAUACGGAGGAGAAAGGGGAUGGCCAUGCCUUCAACUCAGGCCAAGAAGCUUUAUCCAGACAAGCAGAGGAGCAGCGUGCCGCUGACCGCCUCCCCAGCAUGGACAAGUUCAGCAACGUGGGACGCAACAGCCUGGACAUCUUCUCCCCUGUCCGAGAGGAUUACAAAAGAAGUGGAGACCCUCCAAGUGGGAAGAAAGAUGAGCUGGACUUCCUGUCCCAGUACUCCAGUGGCCCCCCACACCGCAGGACACCGCUGGGCACUCCAGGGGGACACGGCUACAGCCCCCUGGCGGUGUUCAGCACCCCUCCACCAAUCAGAGAGGAGGAAACGGUUUCACCUGUACGAGGUUAUACGGCAACACAGGACACCAAAUGGGUGGACAAGAAUAGUGGCUCUAGCCAGGAGGUAGACGCCCAGGCCACUGCCGCUGCCUCCCAGGCCACGCCCACAACACUGGGACCCCCUUUCUGCACCCCUGAGCCCAGCCUGAGGGGCAAGGAUACAGUAGGCCAACUGAGCUAUGAUUCAGCACUCAACGGAGCACCGCCUGUCAGGACGCCCAGUACACAGAGCGCGGCAGGUGUGGCCUCCUCUCUGUCAGAGCGAAUCGCAGAGACCGUUGAGGGGGAAGGUGGCGGGGCUCCUCUCACCUCCCUGCAGAUCCACUUCAUUCGCAACAUGAUCCAGGAAACUCUGGAGGAUUUCAGGGAUGCCUGUCACAGAGACAUAGUGAACCUGCAGGUUGAAAUGAUCCGGCAGUUCUAUAUACAGCUGAACGAGAUCCACGGGCUGAUAGAGAGGUACUCUGUAAGUGACUCGCUGGUGGAGGAGAUCGAGAAGCUGAAGGAGGAGAACAGACGGCUCAGAUCCAACUACUGAUGGAGCUACACCCCUGCCCCCACCCACCCCAGCCCCAUAUACACACCUCACAUUCUCUGACAAACCGUCUUCCAAAGAGCUGCCCAGCCCACUGGGGCAGGGCGUGGCUGCAAAUGCAAUAGACUCUGGAGGGACAUGGAGGAUCCCACAGGGGUGUUUUCUACUCCUACCCGUUUUUGUAUUUUUGAUAUGAGGCUUGUAUGUUUUUUAAGUGGCUCAGGAUCUCCACCUGGACUAAUGAAGUGCCUUAUUAUCACUAAAGCACAAGAACGAGAAGGGCCACCAGCGCUGAAUUAGGAACUGAACUCUGCCAGCCAUCUGUCUUUGGGGCGGCCUGACCCUGGACCCCGGGGAUGGGGUGUGACUGUGUAGGAUACCGAGGCUGUUCAUUUGACGAUCGCUGGGAUCAGUUUGGUCACGUGACUGCUGUGCCAUGUGUGUCUGCCCUCAUAGAUAUC